AUGCCCUCGCCCUGCGGCCGCCGCUGCCUCCUCGUUGCCUGCGUCGCUUACGGCCUCUUUGCGAAUCACUGGGCGCGCGACUCGCUCGGCGCGCUCGAGGUGCCGCUCGAGUCUGACGCGCCGUACUCUCUCUCCGCCCGGCGGUACAACGCUCUCACCUCGCUCUACUUCCUGCCCAACAUCGGUGUCCCCAUCCUCGCCGGCGUCCUCGCCCACCGCUUUGGCGCCGCCGCGACCUACGCCGCCUUCUUUGCGAUCGCAGCCGCGGGCAACGGCUUGGUCGGUGCCUCGGCGGUGGACGUCCUCCCGAUCGGCUUCGUCUCGCCGCGCUUUCGAGACACGUGGACGGCGCUCGUCGGCCUUCUCAACGGCGUCAACCGCCUCGGGUCCGUGACCAACUUUCUGCUCGAGCCGCUCCUGUACCGCGCGGGAGGGCUACCCUUGGCCCUCUCCGUGCCGUCGGCCGUGGGUGCGUCUGGCCUGCUCACCGCGCUGCUCGCUUGGCGGGUCGACGCGUCGCUCUCGCGCGCCGACGAGGCGGCGGCGCAGCGGGCCGAGGAGGAGCCUCUGCGGACGAGCUUGCGCAGCCUGCCGCGCGUCUUCUUCCUCUUCCUCCUCGGCGGCGCGUGCGUGUACGGUGCGGUCGUGCCGUUCUGGUUCAUCGGAGCCAAGCAUCUGCAGUCGAGGUUCGGCAUGCCUCUCGCAACAGCAGACGCGCUGCUGCUGCUGCCCGAGGGCAUGAUCGCCCUAGUCGCCCCUCCGUUUGGACUGCUGAUGGACCGGCGCCGCUGGAGCCUCACCAAGCGGCUGUACUGGUCGGCCGCCUCGCUGGCGCCGAUCCCCGUCGCGCUUCUCCUCCUCGCUUGGCUCGGCCCGGCCGGUGGCGCCCCGGCAUUAGGACCAAACGUGACCACGCUGGCCGCUGGCAACAGCCCGCCUCCCGCCGCUCCCAACCUCCUCGCGCCCGCCCUCGCAACCCUCGUGCUCGGGACUGGGUACGCCUUCGCCCAGAACCUGAUCUGGGCAUCGCUCACGCUGGUCGCGCCCCCGAAGCUGCUGAACCUCUGCUCGGGCGCCCACACCGUCCGCGUAGGCCUCACUGGCAGCAGUCUCAACUUGCUGCCCUCCGCGCUGCCCCUCCUUUUCUUCGGCGCGAACUCCUCAACCAACCUCACCACCCUCGCCGCCGUCGGAGCCGUUGGCGUUGCCGCGUACUCGUGGGCUGCCGUCGAGAGCACAGCGCGGGACCGCCCGUUGCUGCCAGCCGCCGCCACGGUCGCCGCGGCGGCGCCGCUCACCGCCGCGCCCGAUGGCGACGACUUUGAGGAGCGAUUGGACGCGCUCGUAGAGGAGGCGGACCCGUCGCCAGACGACGCAGGGCAGAAGACGGUCACGGCACGCAGUGUGGUCACGGCACAGUGGUACUUGCGCGAGUGGCACGCGUCGUGAGAGCAAGUACAGUCGCCGGUCGCGAGGCGAGGCUCGUCAUCAAGCCGUCAGCGCACACUGGCCAUUGGAUGCUUGGCCUCAGUACCACUUAGCGACGCCGGUCUCGAGCUUGAAGUCGAUCUUGGCGAGGGUCCGCUCCGGGUGGCGUGUACCCUCGCGUAUCCACUGGCGGACGCGCCGGUUGGCCUCGCGGAGGAAGCGCGCGGAUGGGCAGCCGCCCACGCAGGGCAGGCAGGUGCCCCCCAGGGUUUCGAGCGCUGUGGCAUCGUAGUCCCCUCGCUCCUGAUUAUGAAACCAUGGGGGUCCGCCAUUCCAACGACCCCCAGCAUAAGCAUCAUGGGGGUUCGCCAGUCGGCAGUCACAAGCCUGGUGGCAGCACACGGGGUUGGCACAUGGCUGCAGCGUAGUGCUGACUCGCUCGGCGACCGCUAAGAUCAGCGCCUUGCCCGCCGGCAGGUUUGCCGGGUCAGCCUCCGCCACUUCGCUCGCAAACGACUCCAUUUUGCUCGCAAAAGAUGCGGGUUGUAAGCCAUCAAGGUAGCCGUGAAGGAUGGCAUAGGCGAUCGCGUCCUCGCGAGUCAAAGCAAGCCAGUACGCUCCGUUCCACGGGAAGUCCGAUUCGAGCUCUUGAAAGAAGUCAGCUGCGGUCUUGUACCAUUCUCGCGUGAAUUCUCCGUCUGAGCAAAAUAGCAGGCCUGAAAGCCUGAGGUACAGCUCGCCGCACUGUGGCCCGAUGGCCACGCCGAUACUGCCGAUAUCGUCGUCGUCGUCGUCGUCGUCAUCAUCGUCGCCGUCGUCCUUGUUCUUGAAGUCGCAAUCGUCAUCGUCGUCCUCCUCCUCGUCAGGCAGUAACGCAUCGGCUCGCAUUGGGAGUGUGCGCAGGAAGACCUGCAUCGCAGCGUCCACGUCCUUGUGCUUGAUGUGCUUUCUGCGGCUAUGCUCCGUGUGCGUUAUGGCAUGCUUCAUCCAUUCCGUGCCGCAUUCUCCAAACUCAAAGUACCGCCCAGGAUCAUCUUCAGGAUACGAGUCGACAAGCGGCUGAUCGCCCACGAGCACGUGCAGCUUCUCGAUCGCAGCAAUCUCGAUACUGAUAUCGGUCUUGAAGUCACAGGCUGUGCGAAUGGCCGCAGAGUAGAAGACUGCGGGCGCAAAGCGAACGCCGCACAAGCGCGCGAGCCGAUGGAAGGUGGUUUCCAGGUGUGGCACCGGCACGUCG